AUGAUUCAGAACCCUCAGGACCCUGCCGACGGAGCAGAUGCUGCCUCCGUGGUCACGGCUCCCGUGGCGCCGCUGGUGACCACAGUGCUGGAGGCAUUGGAGUGCCGCCUGGCAGCAAUUGCAAGGAAGCAUUACGAACAUGUUGGUGACAGUCACAGCUACAGAGGUUGCGGAAAUCCGGGAAAGCUUCUGCGGGAGUUCUUCGCAAGUGACACUGCCAGGGCUGAGUUUGGUGCUUGGCUCGACGAGCAGAUUGGAGAGGAUGCAGCAGUGGCAUAUACGAAAUGUGCUGCUGACUGGAAGCAGGUCAGUAUUUCCCGGGAGGACGAAGCACAGCCUAUGUUCCUCCCGGCUUCUCUGUUUGCCUACGACAAUUGCUCAACUGCCGGCCCAGUGAUGCUGCACAAGAGCAAGCUGAUGGCAGAACACAUCCUCAAGGAUGGAUUUGUAAGUCAUUCAGAGCCCCUCUUCGUCCUGCCACCUGACAAGGAUUGCAUUCCAGCUGCAACCGGCAUCCUCCCGAAGUUCUCCGUCACUUACGUGAAAGGACAAAGCCGAAUGGUUACUGCACUGGCAAUUCUUGCAGUCAUGAAGCGUGACGGAAUGGAACUUCGCGAGGCGGCGCCACUUCUUUGGAAGUCCUUGCAGCGCAUCCAGUGCAAGAGCAUCGAGUGCAGUGAUGCUCAGGAGCAGCUGCACAGGUUCUACGGGUUCAAGAUCUCCUCGAGGGGAUCGCUUCGAGAAGCACCGACGGCAGUGACAUGGGUUCAUGCCUUGCUCAACCUGCAGAAGACUGGAAGAUACGACUGUCAGAACGUUCUGACAGCGUGGAACAGUCGGUCUGUCAAGGCCGAUCAGGUUACCGGUGGGAAAUAUAUGUCGGUCAAGAACUUACUCGACUUGCCCGACAAGGCAAGAGGAGUGGUGAUGGAUACGGCUUCGAGGCUCGGCUUCAAGUCGUGUCCGUUCUCGGACGACAAUUUGUCGUCCAAAAAACUGGUCCCUGGGUUUCUCUUCCGGUGCCCUCCGAAGCUCAAAAACUCGAAAUGGCCCAAGAUGUCAACCGUAACGGCUGAGUCCACGGCGCUCUGUCUGGAGUCAGCAGUCUCCAGCUUCGAAGCAAGCCCCUUGAGAAAACGACUCAGCAAGAGCGAUUUGGAGGAGAGAUUGGAGAUGUGCACGUUGGCCGUCGGCCUUCGUGAUGACCUUGUUCAGUCUGUCGCCGGCAUCGAGGGCCUGCUGGCCGAGAAGUGGAUGAGCCGUGUCCGAAAGGGCGAUGGUGUGAUUGAGAUGGAGCUCUGCACAGCCUUGAGAAACAAGACUGAGACCUUUGGGCCCAGGGACAUCCCGAGUCUCUCCAAGCUCAUCGACCAGUGUUCCAACAAGAGUGCUGGGCUUGCUGCUGAUUCCACGGCCACUGCCGAGUCAUUGGAUCUUGCGGCAAGAGAUCUUGCAAAGAAGCAGUUUGAGUGCUUGCUCUCUGAGACCAAGCACGAUCAGCAGGUCUUCGAGAUCUACUUGCAGAACCGUGCGAACCAUACUGUGAAUGUCCAGGGCAUUGCUGUUCAGUAUCAGAAGAAAUUAUCAGAUGAAGCCCGGGCAGCAGUGGAGAAAUGGUGGGACAAGCACGUCACAACCUACAUUUGGGCGGAGGACGAAGCUGCUGCCGGUAUGCAGCUCCUGUGGCAGUACAAGCAGAGCAAGCAGGACUUGCUGAAGGUGACCGUCAGCGUGCAGAACCUGAUCUCGCCAUGCCUCGUGUCGGCGGCACACUUGUCGGCGCAGAUGCAGGUUGUGCAGCAUGUGCUGGCAGAAGAUGCGAGGAACCUAGGCCUGGUUCUCCUUCCGGUGUUCAGUCACAAAAAGAAUGGGCGCUACGCAGAGGAGGAACUGAUAAUGAAGGAGCUGGGGAAGAUCGGAUGCAACCUCGACCACUCCUUCUCUGUGAUCUUUGCAGACAGAACUGAUGCCCGAGACGAGCGACCCCUGAACCUCGCUGGGCGCUUCCUUUGCCCGACGGACGACAAGGGGCACAUCGCCAAGUUCUGGGCAAAGAGUGCCCUUUUGGUGAAAGGGCGGACAACGGAGGCCGCCCAGAUCAAAGCAACCGACAUGAUGAAAAUCCUGGACCCCUCCGCAGUUCCGACUACAAAUGCCGACGAGCCUCUCCGCGGCGCCCUCAAGUACGCCCAGAUCGGCAGGCAGGCAGCAAGCAGGGUCCUGGAUGGCCCAACGGUGCCUUCCUCGCAUCUGCUCGAGAUCGUGGACAUGGUGCCCCUCGUGGGCAACUUCCUGGAAGCUUUUGUUGACAAGACGCAGCAGUGCAACCUUGCCAUGCACUACACGGCUGUCUUCCCCAACGAUGCUGACCAAGAGUGGUUCAUCAUGACACACCAAGACUUGCUGAUCCAGCAAUAUCGGAAUUCAGAGCUCAAAGUGUCUCCUGAGGAGCUGCCGAGGGAGCAGGUGUUGGCACCUCCGGAGCUGCCAAGCUUGAAGCAGCUGGUGUAUGGAAAGGACACCGAGGGAAAUGCUCAGAUGGUGCACCUGCCAGAAGCAUUGAUCCAGAAGUGGUUCCACGACCCAAUCCACGGCAGCGAGUUCCGCGGCCUGGUGGAUGAAUUGGCCAAACGAUACGGAACACUGGAGGACUUGAAGACUGCCAACCAGGCUCAGGCAUCAUCGACACCAAGUGCUGGAUCCAAGCGCCUGGGUGUGGGACCUGCCCCAGCAGCGAAGCGUCUGAAGUUCACCGUGUCACCUGAGCAGUGCAUCGCCCAAGACAAGAUGAUUGGUAUUCAGGUGGCCCAGGUCCCACUGCUCAACAUCCGGGUGCCAAAGGACGUGGAGCCUUUGUCGAUGAGUAUCCGAGAUAAUGGCAGCAUCUACCUUGUGAACCCCAGCACCGACGAUGUUUCAGUGCCAUUCGGGACUGUCUUGAGUGGCUUCGGCAAAGGGAAGUUCAGCCAGCUGGCUGCUGAUGCAACGCUGGAUGACAGGAACCUCUUGCUUUUCCACAUGAAGGGCCCCAGCGACCUUGUUGUCUUUGAUGGCAAACUCAUGGAAGUUCAGGCAGUCCUGGCGCAGAGGCUGGCUGCAGGGAGUGCAGAUGUCAAGCUUGCAUACCACAAGACCGAGCAAGUCGGUGGCCAGACGUGGAACUUCACGAAGGAGCACAACAUCAGCUUCAAGCCGGAGGAUCUGAAUGUGCCGGACAAGAACAAGAUUCCCCAGAACUCGGGCAGUUUGGGCUCUGCAGACUUCAGCAAGUGGAACUCAGACCUGACCCAAGUGCUAUGGACAGUUUCGUGGACAGUGACAGGAUUGAGCCCUGUGCGGCCAGUUGUGGCAACCAUCAAAGAUGUGACAUUGCCCAAGACCGCAUGUGUGCUGCUUCCAGCUGCCAGCUAA